AUGGCAACAACCACACGGGGAAACAACACUACCGCCCAUGGUAAUGUUGGCUGCAGUGAUGGGAGUGCCAAUGGCAAUGGAAGCAACAAGCAAGAGCAGGUCGUGUGUGAUAAUUCUGUCGUUCCACCUGUAUGUGAAGCAGGCAGGGUGGGUUCCGAAGGAGGCAGGGGUGUUGGCAACCUCACAUCCACUUACCAAGCCCACAGACAAGUGGCAGGGGGAUGCAGAAGUGCAGCUGCAGCUCAUACUACUUACCAUCAUGGAGGAGGGGAGGCUGGAGGGGGCCCAAGUAGUAAUGGGGGAGUGGCUGUGUCCUCUGCCUAUCAUGCAGGAAAUGGCAGCAACGCAGUGCAGGAAGGAGAUACAGCAGGAGCAGAUGGUGCUGGAGGUGCUGCUGCAGGAGGAGGAGGAGGCGGUGGUGGUGGUGGCUCCUCAGCAAUUCCAACCACUUAUAAUGAGGGAGGGGGGGAGGGGGAGGUGGCAACGUGA